UGGGAACCUUCGACAGAUUCAGUUUAACAAAAAUGCCAUGCCGAAACAUUGUCUGUGCGAAGCCAGCUGAAUUCAGAAAAUCAAGACUCUUGAAAUCAUCCGACUCGUUUUGAACCAUACUUGCGAUCUCUCUGUGCUUUUGAUUUUUGUUUUUACGUGACUAUUGACUCCCGUUUUUGCUGGCGACCAAAGUUAUAAUGACAAAUUUAUCCAAAAAGUUUGCGAGAACUGUUUACGUUUCUGGUUUCUAUUCAAAGAGUUUCCGUGUGCAAAAUCACGCAAGACUGAUACCAAGAGCCAAUCAGAACAUGGAAAAACAUGCUAAAUUUAGACGCGUGUACGGAUUUUCCAAAACUUCAGCAAUCGAGAGGCCCUCGGUUGUAGCAAACAGAUCUGCCAGAUGUCUCUUCUCUACAGAGAGUGGCUCUAGUACAGACACAACACAAGAUAAAAAAGUUGCUGCAGCCCCGCCACCUCCACCCCCAAAGCCAGCCACACCUGCACCAAGUGAUAACACAAAAUAUCAGUGUAAAGAAUACUAUGAACAUACUGAGUGGAGUUUUUAUGAUGUUGAAACUGCCAUGGCAAGCAAACGAGUGGGGCAACCAUCAUCUAAAACUAAAUAAUUUGACAAUAUGAACUGCUUUUUGUGUUUUUUAUUUUGUUUGUUUAGUAUGCAAAAAUAUUAAAAUCUUAUAAACGUUUCA